AUGGGUCGAUGGGAUCAAUACGACGAAGACGUCCCGGAUGGCAUGACCCGGAUUGGUUAUGACUCGGACGACCAAACUUAUACUUUCCGCGAUGCUGACGGCAGCAUUUGGGAGAGUGCACCGGGCACUAAAUGUAGCGGAUUGCAUUGCAUCUCCGGCCCUUCGGCGCCCCGAGACAGCUACGAGCCUGACGAUGACGAACAACCGCCUCCGUAUACUGCGAACGAACCUCUGCCGGGAGCGUCCUGGCGUGUGGAGAUGAUGCCGCUGUUCAACUUCUUUUUGAUCAUCGGGCUUUUCCUCAUUGGUGUGUUCUUCUAUCUAAGAAAGACAGCUGGGAAGAUGGACAAGGAGCUCGAACAGCUACAGUGCGGCAAUAGGAACGUGGUAUACACUAUUCAGGCUGGUGAUACAUGCUGGGAUCUCGCCAAUAUUAGAGCCUUAACUGUCGACGAGCUUCUCAUGGAGAACGCAAACCUUGAUUGCGACCAGAUGACGGUUGGGCAACUUAUUUGUAUACCAGCUAGUUAA